GACCCUUUGACAGUAUUUUAAAUGAACCAAUUCAUCAAAUUAAAUCGAUAGGUCAAUCUGGGGAAUCCACUUGGAUGAAAAGACUCCACAGUUGAUGAUUCUUUGCUUCGGGUGGGAAUUGAAUUGUUCUGGAGAGAAUCGGAAGAAGCAGAAAAGAAGAUGUGGCGGUGCGAGAAGAAGAGAGAAGAGCGGCAGAAGAAAAAGAAAUUAUCUGCUACUCACCACGACAAUAGGUUCUAUAAUUAUUAGGAUUAUUAUUCUGCAUUUCACGGCAGAGAGUUUGAUUCUGGUGUUUCUUUUGAUUCCAACAGCAUCGAGGCCUGACGGUUCAGUAAGGCUACACCAAGUGGAGGAGAGACGAACCUGGGUUCCCACCACAGUCGAGCCAAAGGAAUACUGGCUCUUUGGGUCAUUUUAUAUGAGGAUACGGAGUAAAUCAGGAUGGAUGAUGAGGUUCAAUAGUCGAUUAAUAAAGGUUAUGCCAUCAGACGCAGAAAUGGUGAGAUUAAAGACCUAAAAGGGAUCGACAGGAAUGUUGAUAGAGAUACAAACAGAGAAACAGAAAAGAAUAUAAUAUUACCUGAAGAUAAUCAAGAGAAUUCAGAAUGAUUAAUCCAAUGAAUUAAUCAAUUCGCCUGAUACUGUUUACUGAUAGGACAUCGAUGUCCUUAAAGGUAGGUUGGGUUGUACAAUAUGAUACCUAACACGUACAAGCAUUCCAGACAUACGAGUAUCAAUCCAUAUUCU